AUGUCGAAAAGCAAGGAACAGAUAAAAACUAUAUUAUGCAGUGAUGACGACAGGGAUUUGAAUAAGUUAGGUGGUCCAAACAGGUUAACUCAUCUGCAGGUGCGCCAGUAUUUGGAUAUACUCGAUGGCGAUAAUGAACGAACAUGUACGUUUGAUUGGUACGAUGCACAAGCAUUUAAUGAUAAGCAUCUUGAAUAUUAUGUCUAUUCAUUCGUAGGCUCUAUUGAGCGUCUUAUGAAUCCGCCUGAUGCCUUUUGUGUACAACAAAAAGCGAAUGUUUAUUAUUUUACAAAAUGUGGAAAAUGUGAUUAUAUUAUCUUAACAAAUCGCGACAUUGGAAAUAGACUUGUCUGUAUGAAUCCACAAAUUAGAUGUGGCUAUAAUAAUCAUGCUAAACCACUUUCUAAUGAUUCAUUCAUGACUGAUGUUCUACAAUUAGUAAAUGAACAUUUAAAUUAA